GACCUAACCUAUUUUCAUUUCUUCAGGAAUUGAUCGUAUUUGAAAAACUGGAAUGCACAUAAACGUAUGCACUGCACCGGUAGAUGUUGACCUGCGGCAGUGCGUGAGCGGCGCGACGCGAUGCUCGAAUACCGAAAAUGUGCGUGACGCGAGCACCGACUGAACGUAAGAUUUUUCUAGUGCUGGCGUUAAAAUGGCAGUGAACAGGUGCCGAUUAGCCAACCUCCGCACUGGACGGCUCAGGCAAAGCAAGUUCAAGGCUCCAGAAGUGUUGGUUGAUCUCAGUCAAGAUCCCCAUGACGUGGUCAAAGAAAUAUUGGGUAGUUUAAGUAAAUCGGACACCUCAGACAGUCAUCUGGUGAACUAUCUGAACACAUUUGUAAAGGUAACUUUAAAGAUAGAAGGUAAGUUUGAGAAUUAUGGCUACAGUGUCAAGGAGAUUCUCCACUGCUUGAGACUAACACUGCUCAACACAUCAACCAAAGUCCGGGCUGGAAGUCUGAGGUGCAUUAGGCACAUAUUGAAAAAUGAAGAAGAUGUAAAAUGUCUGAAUGAAUUGCUAAUACCUUAUUUAAUAACCAGAUCCCUUGACCUGAUCUAUAAACAAGAUGUGGAACGGCUGGAGGCAAUGAAAUUGAUGCGCAAGAUCCUGAUCCUAGCGCCCAUGCAGUUCCACGUGUCGAUGGCUCGGAGCAUCGUUGCCCUGGCCAAUGAGGGUAGCGAGAGCAAAGAUCGGCUGCUGCGGAUCUGUCUCGCAACGCUCUCGGAACUCGGUGUCCUGAACGCACAAUUGUUCAUUGCGUGCGGAGGAGUGGCAGCUAUAACCCGGAACCUCCUCGAAUGUCAGACGCCGAUGAUUGCCGAAUCGCUGUGCGGCGUUCUGUUGCUGAUGUUGGAUAGGCCGGAGACGAGGGAGUCGGCUCGUGUGGACCUGCACACAUUGGCCGCCCCCUUCUGCGACUUCCACUACAAGCAAGGACUUAAGGAGAAGAAUCGCAAGAAAGAAAUGGCUGUACGAGAAUUGAGGUUGAACUGCAGCAGAUUGGCGUUGCUGACGGUGCUGCGGAGUUGGCCUGGAAUCCUCCACUUUUGCGGUCCAAGAGAUCAGACGGGGUUCAGGGCAGUUGUGGAAGUUCUCUAUUUGAAUCAACUGGAAAUUCGGAAAGCUGUCUUGGACCUUCUCUACGAGCUACUUGGCCUUCCGCAACCCGAAUGGAGUGACGAGUUGUCUGUCGCCCUGGGGGCGGUGGAUCCUUGCGAGCCGCAGGCAAAUUGGCGACUGAGUGAUGGUUUCGUGGCGGCGGAAGGACAAUCCGUUCUGCCGCACCUGUCCAAAACCACGCCCAGUCUAACUGAAAUGCACUUGUCCCUGUUACUGUACUGUUUUCUCGAAAACGGGCUCAUGGAAGCGUUGUCGGAGGUGAUUGCCACCAGUGACACCUUUAUCAGCGUCCGUGCCACGGUGCUUUUGGGAGAAUUGUUAAGGCUGAGUCACAUUUUACUGCCGCCCGACUGCUGCAAUUUGUCGCCGUCGUUGCCAUUACUGCUGAAUUACGCAGUCAGCAGCGUUCCUCAGGCGAUUGGUGCAGUCACCGCCCUCGAGCAGCUACAUAAGCUUAUGAAAAGACGACCCGCUUCCUACAGUCUACAUUUGGAUUUCAUUCUAAAGAGCCGCACUGCUCCGGUCGUUCUUCAUAGGCCCGGACGUUCCAGUUCAAAGCAGAAAUUAACCAGUGGAUUCAAAUCUAAAAUCCAUCAGUUACAGUAUGUGUUACGUGACAACGUGGAUGCGGUAAAAGAGUCUGGCGUACUGCUGAGUACCGACCCGUUCACAUGGACUUGGGAGGUGAUAGGCAUAAUGCUACGCGGCGAAAACAACUUUAAGUUGGAUCUGCUCGACUCCACACACAAGAAUUUUAUCCGGCGACUGGUGGAGUUCUUCAUGCCAUCCAAGAACAAGUACUCGCAUUUGGAUUUGGGUUGUUCGCAGCAAAGCACGCAGUACACACAAACCGGUGUGGAGUUGAUUAAUUUCUUGAUCGAUAUGGACGAGACCGAAGGUAGAAAUUGGUUGGAGGAGUUGUUCAGGGAUAUUCUGAAUAACAUAGAGGCGAUCACAAGGAGCAAAAAUGUGCACGACUGUUUGUUCAGUCCGCAGCACAUGCUCAAUACACAGUGCCAAAGCUAUUUUCUGUUCAUCGGCAGGUUUACCGCCACCAAAGUCGGUGUCGAGAUACUCAAAUCCAUGAACAUGUUCGAAAAACUGGAACACUUAGCGACGACGACCAAUUUCGACUGUUACGUAAAACUUAUCGUCUCCUGCUUGGAUUACUCCGCCCACACUCCAUCUCGCAAGAUCCUUCGCUCAAUUCUGACAUGCCAACAGAUUAACUCCCGUCUCUACGCCACGCAGUUUCUGUUAGUGUUACUGCGUGCCGGCGCCUACGACUUCCCAUCCUGGGGCAUUGAAUUGCUGGUUCACCAACUGAAGGACACCAACAAGGAAGUGAACGCCACCGCCCUCAGUACUUUGCACGAGGCUUGCGAAUUGCCUGAAUGUUUGGAGGCCUUGAUUAAGUUAAAUCCCGAUUUGGAUAUCCAGAAGGAGAAAGACAUGUUGUUGGCCAUUAGAUUCCUGUCCACCAAAACCGGAUUAGCACAAAUGAUCAAAGACAACAAGGUGCUGCCUUUACUCAAACGUUGGGACGAAGAUUUCUGUUACAGAUAUGUGAAAUUAACGGAGGGAUGCAUAGCGGAUGCUUUAACGUUACGUAGGUACGACAUAAGAUCCGGUACUGUGAAGACGAUCAGCCAGAAGAAUGUAUUCCUACCACCGCAUCUCUAUGGGCAGCUCAAUCAGCAGAAGGACGGACUGCAGAUACUUUUAGAGCACGGAAAUUGUAAAACUAUUAUCAAGACUGUGAUUGAGGGCGAAUGCGGUACCACACGCCAAAUCCUCAACUUAAAGGCGGCUAUUUGGUCGGUUGGCCAUUUGUCUACCUCAAAUGCCGGCCUUGUCGAACUCAAUUCUAAGGGCGUCAUAGAUGCCGUUUUGGAUUUGGCGCAGAGCGCCCAAGUUUAUUCAAUACGGGCCAUAGCUUUUUACUCUUUGGGCCUCGUUGCCACCACCAAAAUGGGGGCGGACCUCCUCUUUAAAAAAGGUUGGGUGUGUACCAGACAUCACAGGCAUGACUUCUGGCCAAUAAUCGAGGAUGAGAUCGAGAGCAUAAGGAAGACCAAAAUGAGAAGACACCAUGACACGUCCGUAUCGGAAGAGGGAAGCGUAUCUAUAGACAACCCCUUCACGUACGAUUUCGAGAGCAUCGAUGAAGACAUUGGCGAAGACUCGUUUUCAAUCGAUUCGCCAGAGAUAAGGCGUAGCAGUAGCGUGAUGAAGCAAUCCACGUUGCCGGCCGGACGGCGACCUCCUUGUAUAUACCACAAGAGGUCAUACUCCGAAUCCAAGACUUUCGAAAUGAACGGAUACUCGGAGGACAAAAUAAAAUCGCCUGCUGACAGACCUGACAGGCGUUUUAGAAACCAUUCGGUCACGGAAUCCUCAACGUCCGGCAUCAGUUCUUACGAAUCCUUGCAAGGAUUCAAAAAUGCCGGAAACGCUGGAGAGCACACACAUACUCUAAGUCCUAUUCCUAGUUCGUCGAGUCUGAGCACGUUACAAUUCGCCAAUGUGACUCAGAGGAGUCACAGAACCUCUGAAAGUUCACACAGAAUGUCCUCUCAAAGUGACACAAACUCGGAAUUAUCAUCUUACUCCAACUACACACCAUCUAACAGGCUGACUUACCAAGAUUUAGUGGGUUACACAACUUUAAGGUACUUAAGAACAUCGCCUACAAUCGGAGAUGAUUUUGACGGAUAUGCUCGAUCUAACAGCCUUAACUUUAGCCUACACAACAACCCAAGCCUAUUGGAAGACUUUAAAAUGAUGGACACGCAUUGCAAGUCGGUAUUCAGCGUGCAGAAGUUCCCGUUGAACUCUUCUCACAGUAAACACGAGGACAAGAUCUACAUGGGCGUAACUUUACCCCAAAUGCUCGUUGUUUUAUUCCCCGAUACUUCAUUUAACAGUAUUUUGUCCGUACCAACUACUAAUUCACAAUUGGAGGACGUGAGCUUGGCACUGAACGAUGACAGUAGCCUGCAAAGCACGCAGAGCAGUAAAUAUUAUAACAAUUUGAUGUCACACACGGUGGAGACGUGCUUCCGGUGCAGCAUCAAAGGGACCGUUCCCACUAGUCUUGCCGAUGUUCCAGAUUCGUUUGAAGUGUUACGAAAUAUAGAAAGAUUGGCGAAUCCAAUCUGGAACAAACACGUGCGGCAGUAUUUGCUCCAGUACAGACAUAAAGACCUGCCGAUCCUGAAGAAUGUUUGUGUAUAUUCGGAAGUCUGUAAAAUGAUGUCGGAAACGUCGUAUAGGGUGGCACCCAGAAGGAUACUUCAUGAAUUGUUCUUGUCUUUAGAUCAUAAGGAAUUAUUGACGGAGUGCCAGAGAGUCGUCAAUGAAAAGAAAAAUAAAAAGACGUGUGAUGUGGUAGAUGGAGUUAGUUCGUCUAGUAGUAACCCGCCGACAAGUUUGCCGAUAAAUAAUAGUACAGUUGCUAGGCUGUCACACAUACCCACUUCUCCCACAUUGGAAUCCUUGAACUUCAUUUAUAAAGAGAACAAGUUUCCGAUACGGGAGAAAAAAUGAUUUGAAACUGAGAAAGUUAUUUGAUUGCCUUCAAUUUGUAAUUAUAUUAUACAGACUGUGUAUUUGUACAAUCCAUUUAGUAUUGUUUUUGUUUCCUAAUUUAAUAUUUUCUUUGUAAAUAUAAAACGAGUAUACUGAACAGAUGACGAAAUUUAGUUUUUUCUAAUUUAAUAUUUUCUUUGUAAAUAAAAAACAGUAUACUGAACUGAA